GCCGCGGCAGCGCACGGCUCGCGGCCCCAGAGCAUGCGCGAGAGCCGCCCCGGAGCCCCCCACCGCCCCGCCUGCGGGGCCCCGCGUCCCGCCGCCAGCGCACCCCCGGACGCUAUGGCCCACCCCUCCGGCAGGCCCUGCGUGUAGGAUGGUAGCACACAACCAGGUGACAGCCGAUAAUGCAAUCUCCACGGCAGCAGAGCCCCGACGGCGGCCAGAACCUCCCUCUUCUUCCUCCUCGCCUGCGGCCCCGGCACGCCCGCGGCCCUGCCCGGCGGCGGCGGCGGCGGCCCCGGCCCCCGGAGACACGCACUUCCGCACGUUCCGCUCGCACGCCGAUUACCGGCGCAUCACGCGCACCAGCGCGCUCCUCGACGCCUGUGGCUUCUACUGGGGACCUCUGAGCGUGCACGGGGCGCACGAGCGGCUACGCGCGGAGCCCGUGGGCACCUUCCUGGUGCGCGACAGCCGGCAGCGGAACUGCUUCUUCGCCCUCAGCGUGAAGAUGGCCUCGGGCCCCACGAGCAUCCGCGUACACUUCCAGGCGGGCCGCUUCCACUUGGACGGCAGCCGCGAGAGCUUCGACUGCCUCUUCGAGCUGCUGGAGCACUACGUGGCGGCGCCGCGCCGCAUGCUGGGGGCCCCACUGCGCCAGCGCCGCGUGCGGCCGCUGCAGGAGCUGUGCCGCCAGCGCAUCGUGGCCACCGUGGGCCGCGAGAAUCUGGCGCGCAUCCCCCUCAAUCCGGUCCUCCGUGACUAUCUGAGCUCCUUCCCCUUCCAGAUCUGACUGACUACGCCCGCCGCAUGAACUGGGACUCCUUGUUACUAUUAUUUUCUAUUAUUAAUUAUUAUUAUUCCCUGGAGCCACAUGGGUGCCCUCCCCCCCGGGCUGAAAGGAGCGAGCUUGGGGAGGGAGGUGCCACCCGCUCUCGACUGGAGGUGAGGCCGCGGACCCCUCCCCACCUCCUGAGGGGGGCUCUCCUCCUCCUGGUGCUCCCUCUGGGUCCCCCUGGUUGACGUAGCAGCUUAACUGGGCCCAGGACCUGAACGCGCACCUCCUACCUCUUCAUGUUUACAUAUACUCAGUAUCUUUGCACAAACCAGGGGUUGGGGGAGGCUCUCUGGCUUGAUUUUUCUGCUGUGCAGAAUCCUCUAUUUUAUUAUAUUUUUUAAAACCAGUUUAGAUAAUAAACUUUAUUAUGAAAGUUUUUUUUUUUUUUUAAUAUAAAGAAAAAUGUUUUCUAGACUGUGUGCUUUGGCCAGUGGUUCUCCUUGGCUCUGAGGGGGUACAGGGCAGUGGUAGGCCUAGGAAGACUGGGGCUCUGAGCCCUGCUGGGUUCCACCCACAACCCUUGCCCUUGGGGAAAGGGCUGGCAUUGGUGUUGCCUGUCCUGUGAAAGGGCAGCUCGUUUUGAGCACUUAACUUGCAACAUGCCUUUAUCCCCAUUUCACAGAAGGGAAAACCAAGGCUCCAGUAAAUUUGUUUAUGUGGUCAUUUCUCUGCUCAAGAAGGCACUGGGACUUUUUUGGCUGCCCACCAAGACCUGUUUGAAAUGAAUGACACAGAGGAAACUUCUUUCCUUCUAUGACCACAACAACUUUCAGGAAGAGGGUGGAGUGGGGGCUCAAUGAGCUUUUGGAAGGAAGAGUGGCACAUUCUGCAGCUUGUUAUUAAGGGAGACAUUUUAAAUGGGAUGGGGAUGCAGGGCUGGGUCUGACUUCUUUCUUCCCACAUUUUCUUUGUACUUUAUGAUGAACACAAAACGUGGAGCCAGAAAGAGACGUUGGAGUCUGUGGCGGCAAGAGGGCAUGGCUGGUGGCUGUGGGCAAUUCCCUUGCCUGGCUGGGCCUCGGCUUCCACCUCUAAAAUGGGGCUUACUGGCAGAGGCGGUGCCGUGAGGCUCAGCAGCAGGGGGCAGCCCCUGUGUGCACGGAGGAGGCGGUGUUUGGAGGAGCCCGGGGAGGAUCUCUGAAAUGCCACAGGGCUGGCCUGGAGCACCAGAAAGUGCCCAGGACGUGGGUUCAUGGCUACUCGUUUGUGGCUGGCCUGACAGAUGGGCUGUGCUGGGAACUCAAGGGCUGCCUGCCACUCGGGUUGAACUGAGUCAGUUUCAGGUUUGGUGUCAGGCAGCCUCCUGGACAUGUUGCACUUCAUCUUUAGAAGUUAAAAUGGCCCUCUGCAGCCUUGGACAUGCUUCUAAUGGAAUGUCCUAAUACUUAAUGAUACCUUCCAGACUCGAAAGUGCAGCAUGAAAUUAACUUGAUGGUUGGCAAGCUCGAGCAGCCUGGGCUUGUCUUGGGGAUUAAAAAGGUUCCAGGCCUCAAGGUUAAGGAUGGCCAAAGAGAUUUAGGAUCUCAAAGAGCUUCAGUGAUUUUAUCCUUUAAAAAGGUGGGGUGGGAGGGAGGAGACCUUGCCUCUGCCUCCAUGGAGUUGUGGCUUUGUUCCUUUUUUUUAACCACCCCGUCCGUUGUCCAGUGUGUGCGGAUUAAUUAAAUCCUGUUCUUGUUCUGA